GUAUAAUUCAAACAUUUCACACAAAGUAGGAGCCAUUUUCUUCGACAAAGGUUUUUACACGUGCACUUGCAUUUGUACUUGUUUCUACAAAAAUCGGCCAGUUGAUAAUGAUGCUUGCGUGGACCUCACUAUUGCUUUUGAUAGCAUGUACAUGGUAUUCCGAAGCUGCAACAACAAUGAUGCCGAUGAUGACUACUCAUCACGAUAGAUAUGAAUCUGAAUCGUUCUCAUUUCAGUUUGAUGGUGUAACAGGCAUGUUAGCGGUUCGAUCAUUGAACAAAUGUUAUAUCUGGCAAAUUACAAGUACAGAACAUCAACAAAUACACACUGACGAUGGACUUAGAAAUGUCGAGAUACGAGUGUUAAAGGAGAUAGAGAAUGCUUACUUCACUGUUGUACCAAAGGCUAUUUUACAUCCAAGCAUAGUAGGAGCGUGUACCAGACUCGCAAAUCAUUAUUAUCUUGUGCAUUAACAAUGACUGAAAUAGUGGACUAUUAAAUUAAAAAUGUUUCACUCUAUAAAUAGAAUUUCAAUGCAGUUUGUUUGCUUUUAUUGUUUCUUCUUUUAUACCCAGAAUAAAGAAAAGGCACUUAUU